CUCAGAUCUGGAGUCGUGUGGCUGCCGUUUUCUUGUUGGACUGUGCUGUUAAAUUAUAGGGGGAACGCUAUCGAGUGCCUGACCACACAGGUCUAAGUAUAAGCGAUUGGACAUCGCCAGCACCUCAGGACACGGGUCAGGGUUAUAAGCGCUUGGACUCUGCUACAUACCCCAAGGUCGAUACCUACCGCGAUGGUUUUCACAAGACUCUCCUCAGACGAGAAAGACGCCUUUUUUGGGCUCUUAGACGAGUACUUCCAGUCCCGCCCAGAGAUACUUGCCAAUGUUAACACAAGCACAAGCACUGGCAGCCGCGGUGACGAUCCAUCUGCAGCCGCUGCAUCAGCCGUUCACCGCGCUCUCGCCAAAAACCCAGAAGUCACCUCCAAGCUCGUCUCUGCCGGAAUGACGCACGGACUUGCAAAGUCCAAUAACCCAUAUGCAUCCACCAUAGCCAGUCAUCCAGAAGUGAGCAACUCCGUAGGCAGAGUAGCAGCAGCAUCGCUCUCAUUCUCCGGAGGCAAAUCCUUUCCAUCUUCAAAUCCUUCAAGAUCCCUAGCCCCUUCCCUCCCAUCACGCAGCUCCAGCGCACUCAGUGCAUCCUCGUCAGGCUCCGAGAUCGACAAACUAGUCACGAAAAAGUCCAGCAUGUUGGGGGCAUUCAAGAAAGCACCUACAGCGAACGUAGCUAUACCACCUGCUUUCCAACAGCCCAAGACCACAUACGGACCGCCUCCUGUUCGGCGUACGACGUCAGAAACGGCCACGGCUGAGCCUUCCAAUGCGAGGUCCCCACCACCCAUCCUCCCACGGCGUCAAGUCGAACCUGAACCCGAGGAACCACAAGGGGAGUGGGCCGAGGUGUUGUACGAUUAUAGUAGCGAGGAUCCUGGAGAUUUGGAAGUUCAAUCUGGCUCUCGUGUACUAGUCACUGCGAAAUCUUCCGAUGACUGGUGGACGGGUCAGAUAGAGGGCCAAGGAAGGGAAGGAUUGUUCCCUGCCUCAUACGUGAAACUGUUGUAAUCUUUAUAUCUGACGUCAAUGCAUACCACUAUCGUUUCAAAUGUGAUGCGGUGGUCGAAUGAGUGCAGGUCUACUCUCGCCGCCGGUCGUGACAAAGUUGUGGGACAGUAUGCCAUCACUGGUCGAGCAGGCGUCCCAAAUACCACAUUCAGGUAGACUCGCAAUCUUAUCG